AUGGCGACUUCAGGAGAUGAGAUGCCCUCGCCUCCGACGGCUGAAGCCGUGGCUUCGGCACAUGCAGAACAAGGCGUGAACCCGGCAACGGGCAUCAUUGAUCCAGACGAAGGCGAAGUUGAUUCCGCUAUCAACGUCUCAAUCCGCGAUUCCCUCACUUCGAUUCGCUCGUCCCUUCUCAAUUUCGAAGAUGAGCAUGGGCGCCUAUAUCACUCUCACUCUCGGGGCAAAUAUUACUUUCCCCACGACAAUGUCGAACAAGAGCGUUUGGAUCUACAGCAUGAACUCUUCAUGAGGACGCUCAGAGGACGCCUUUGCACCUGUCCAAAGUCUUACGGCGCCAACCGAGUCCUCGAUCUCGGAACAGGUACAGGAAUUUGGGCGCUGGAAUACGCGGAGGAGCAUCCAGAGUCUGAAGUGAUCGGGGUGGACAUAAGCCCGGUGCAACCUGAUUUAUCGCUCAGCAUGCCUCCCAACUGCUCUUUUGAGAUUGAUGAUCUCGAGAAACCAUGGACAUGGUCAAAAAGCUUCGACUUCAUCUUCUCUAGAACUCUGAGCGGCAGUAUCCUAGACCCAGCCAACCUGGUCGACAGCAUUUACAAUCAAUUGGAGCCUGGCGGCUGGUUCGAAGCCCAAGACGUCUGCAUGGAAGCUCGCAGCGACGACAACACACUACCCGAGAACAGCUACCUGGCGCAAUGGGCGGAUGAGGUGGUUGACGCCAUGGAAAAAAUCGGUCGGACGCUCAAGCUUCCCUUUAAGUGGAAGCAGCUGCUCAUCGACCGCGGCUUCGAAGACGUCAGGGAGACUAUUUACAAAUGGCCGACCAACACCUGGCCGCGAGACAGGACGAUGAAGGACAUUGGCGGGUGGGGGCUGGCGAACCUUGACACCUUUCUCGAGACGGCGGCUCUCGGCACUUUGACCAACAUCAAGGGGUGGUCGAGGGAGGAGGUCAUCGUUUUGUGCUCAGAAGCGAGGAAAGAGAUGCGGGAUCCGAGGAUUCAUGUUUGGUGGCCUGUAUAUGUCGUUUCUGGUCGCAAGCCAGGCUCGUCUGUCCAGUUGCCUGCUGCGUCAUCUACAGCAUAA